CAAGCCUUGAGCCAAUCAGCGUCGCGUGGUAGUCUCAACUUGCGAAUCAUCGGCGUCGUCACUCGUCCAGGUGGAUAUCCGCCCCACGUUGCGCUCGGGCAAGAACUCGGCGUCUUCGUGUCUCUGGCAGCUUCAAGUGCCAGUCUCGAUCACUCCCGAGUUCGCCAAGAAGGUCUAGAGUCGUCCACAAGCCCCAGUCUCUCGAAACAUGCGUCUACAAGCGAUCCGUCCGCUGCGCAGUCUGCUGCACUCGAAUGUCGCCGUCUCCAGUGCGCUGCAGCCCUGGAGUGUACGCAGGUUCGCGUCGGCGCUGGUCGACAAACAGCAGGAGGACGAGCGCAUCACUAAAGUGGUGGAGCUGGCUAACGAGCAGGCCGUGCGCGUCACGUUCGAGGAUGGCGCCACCGCCAAGUUCCACAAGCUGUGGCUGCGCGACCACUGCCGCUGCGAGCACUGCAUGCACCCGGAGACGCGCCAGCGCCAGCUAGACACAGCCUCCAUCCUCAUGAAUACACCGUUCCACCGGCUCCAAGUCACGAACGCCGGUGGCGCUGUGGCCAUCGACUGGGAUGCACCCGUUCGCGGCACUCGGUGCACGGCCAGUGAGUUUGACGCGCAGUGGCUGCGUGAUCACGCGUAUGCAUUGGAAGGAGGCAACGCGGACGACGAAGAGACUGCGCCCUACCCGAAGUCGUAUCGCCAGCCACGCCUGACGACGCAGAAACUCUGGGCAGGCGCCGAUUUUAAGCUGCCCACGCACGACUACAACAAGUGCGUCGAUAACAUCGAGCCGCUCAUGCGCGACCUGUACUUCUACGGUCUAGUGCGUGUGUCCAACACGCCCAACUCUAUGGAAGCCACGGAGAAAUUCUCCAAGAAGAUCGGCUUCGUAUUGCGCACGAUCUACGGGACGAUGUGGACGACCAACCCCACGAACGACGCGGAAGGAUACAACGAUACUGCGUCUACGAACUUGGAGCUGCUGCACCACACUGAUGGCACGUACAUCCGCGACCCGCCUGGACUGCAGAUCUUCAACUGUGCGGCCCAGGCUGGCGAGGGUGGUGAGAGUCGCUAUGUGGACGCGUUCCACGUGGUGGAGACACUCAGGAAAGAGAACCCUGAGGCUUUCCGCGUGCUGAGCACGACCCCUCUUCCUUACUUCACUGUGGACAAUGACGCUCACUUGGCUACUAUGGAGCCGCUUAUCCGCGUAGACUACGCUGGCAACGUCGUGCAAUUCCGGCACAAUGACUACGACCGUGCACCGUUGACGCAUCUGAGCUUCGAGGAGGUGGGUGAGUUCUACAAGGCACACCGCAAGCUGCUGGAAGUCAUGCGCAGACCAGAGAUGGAGUUCUGUAUGAAACUCCAGGUGGGCGACAUGGUCGUCGUGGACAACCAGCGCGUGAUGCACGGCCGCCACGCCUUCCAGGGCGGAGAUCGAGCUCUCAUUGGCUGCUACAUUGGCCGGACGGAGUAUGAGAGCCGUCUGCGCGUACUCGGCAUCAUUUAAUCAUUUGCGCUGAAUUUGGUAGACACGAGAGUCUGCUCUUGAUAAGUUUAACAAGAAAAUUUGAAGAUUAACAACAGUUUUGGGUCUUUUUAUCUAAACGAAACAAUAAUUUUUAGUUGAAGCG